GAAAAUCCGAAAAAAAUGUUAUUGAAAAGCUUUGGAUAUCAAAUCGCAUCGAAAAAUCAAAAAAGAGGUUACAGAAUUACUGGCAUUUGUAAAUCUAAUUCGAAUAUAGGACAACGAUACGUGCUAAGGGUCAGUACAACGAGAGGCGUUCCAAGUACAAGUACAAAUUUGAAGGAAGCUCUGUGCGAAAAAAUUCCAGUUCAUUAUGAUCUCCUUCGAAAUUUUCGAAAAGAACACGGUCAAUCUGUGAUCAGUCGUAUUACUGUGGACAAUGUAUACGAUGGUCUUCAAGGUGUCAAUACAAUGGUCAGAGAAACGUCUGAAAAUGAUUCCAAGUAUGGGAUUAGGUACCGUGGAUUAACUAUCCCAGAAGUUUUAAAUCUUCUUCCACGUAAUGGAACAUCUCCAAGUGUUGAAGCUGUUUUUUGGUUACUAUUAACCGGCGACGUACCCACUCAAGAACAGACAAAUUCAUUGAUCAAUGAUUGGUCCUCUCGACGACAAAGAAGAAAAGAAUGGUGGUCAGGACCAGGUGGUGGAAUCGUUGGUUCCGUUCUUCAAAAUUUACCGGAUAAUGUAACACCAUUGGCAAGACUCUCGAUCGCUUUGACUGUUCUUCAAACAGAUAAACACACGAAAAAGGCUCUUCAGAACGGAGCUCUGAAUCAUACUCAUUGGGAGCAUAUUUACGAGGACAGCAUGGAACUAUUAGCAGCGUUACCAGCCAUUAUUGGCCUCGUUGGCAAAGGUCGAGAGUUGAGAAACGUGACGGAAGGAGGUGACUGGAUAGAUUUUCUUUUAGAAUGUUUGAGCAAUACUUCGGAGGAUUUAAAAGGCAGGACAACAUCUGUUGGAGAUUUCCUUCGUUUAUACGUCAGUUUAAAUGCCGAUGAAGAUGGUGGUGUACCUGGUGUUCAUAUAACACAAAUUUCGGGAGCUUCAUACUUAGAUAUUAGUCAGGCAUUAGCUUCAGGAGUUUUGGUUUAUGAAAAUGAACCGAUUACGGGAACGAUGUUUCAAUACAUGGAAUUUCAAGAAAAAGUAAAAAGUAUUUUGGGUACUAAACCUAAGGAAGAAACAUUGAAAGAUUUUUUGACGUCUUUUAUUAAAGAAAAUAAAUUGAUUGGACAUAAGGAAACUCGAUUCCUCGAUUCACGUUACACGGCACUUUUAAAUCAUGUUAAAACAUAUUUACCUGGUGAUGCAGAAGUAAAGCUUUCUCAAGAUAUUACGCGAGUUUUGACAUUUCUGAUGAAAAAUACGAAAAACAAAAAUAUCUUUCCAGAAGUUAACAGCAUAGCUGCUCCAAUGUUUCAGUUUUAUGGACUGAAAGAUAUGAAAUUCAAUCAAGUAUUACUCUGUAUGUCACGAGCAUUGGGAGCAAUUGCUUCGAUUAUUUGGACUAGAGCGAUCAAUGCACCAAUCGAACAACCAAAAUCAAAUAGUACAUAUACAUAUUUUUAUUCGCUUCGAGAUAUUCGUAAUAAAAUGAAAAAAAGGACUCGAAUUAAACAUUUAACAAAAUUUACUUCGUAAUAAUUAGUGAUGAUAUAUAACAAAUGAGUUACAUUGAGACGAUGUUGAGUUUAUUAUAAAAGAA